AUGCCAGAAGAGACGCAGACACUUGGAGGCCACUUGUUUUUCAGCUUCGGGUUUUGGUGGUUGCUUGCCAGCCGCUUUUGCUCAACAUGGCUGGCCUUCACCACAACAGGAUAUAUACCCCUAGCAACAACAGCGCCAACUAAGGCCGAGUUACCAGACGCAGCCGAAGCACUUCCAUCGGUUUUCGUCGAAGAACUUAGCCGUGGAGCCUUACCUGUGUGUGACUGCACUGGACUCCACCAUGGAACUUUGCACGACGCCGCAUGCUCCAUAGGCUUUUCUGAUAAAGCUACUGACUUUUGCUUCAUUCCACCGUCCUACUGCGCAGCUGUGGAAUCCAGGGAGAUGCUCACGGUGAAUGGCAGUCGCUUGGAAGAAUACUCCGUACUUCUUGUUGACUGGGGAAAAACCAAGGAAUCAGCAGAUUUUUAUGAGAAGGCCCUACCUAGGGCGUCGACGCCAACAUGCCGCUGUUGGCCCUUGAACGGUGUAAUGGUGGCGCCGUGUGAGCAGCAGUGGCUUCCGCAGGUUCUAGCCGACGCCACAGGCGGUAGCAACGCAAGUGCAGGAGAUUUAUUAGCUUCCUCUGAAUCAAUCCUUGCGGGCGGGAUACUUUCACGGAGCCAAUCGGCAUUGAAAGGAUCAUUUGCCUCUGGCGGCGACUCUCCUGAUGCAGCCAUUCAUCGAAAUUUGUUCCACACGCCUAUUCAGGCCACAGCCCUCCAGCGAUUAAGCAAGUGGGCACGCCACUUGGCUGUAUGGAGACAGGCAAUAAUAGGAGACAGCCAUAGCUCAAAAGAUGUAACUGUGCCUUCAGUGAAUACCACGUGUCAUAAGGGCUGCGCAAGCUGCUUACAGCCUGGUCGAGAUCGCUGCCUUACAUGCUUCAACCAGUUGCCAUAUCCCUACAGGCCGUUAUCGGCGGGUUCACACCCACCUAACCCCAAUAAGCUUCCCUCUGAUAUUUACGGCUCCAAUUCUUACAAGAAGCAGUAUCAUGCCCACAUUGCCGCUCACCGAGAUGGUAGUGGUUACUGCAUCCCAUUGGCUUUCGGGGGCGAUGCCCUUGCAGCGGCACAUUCUUCGUGUCUAGCUUCGGACUCAUCAUGCGUUGGGAAAAAUGUGAGACCACUGGAGCAACCAGAGGGCGGGUUCUUGGAAUUCAACAGAGGCAGUCACUGCCACGUGUCCUGCGCUGCUUGCCGUGCUGACUGCUGCCGUGGAAAGGCUGACAAUUGUCUGGCGUGUACCGGGCCAAGCCAGGUAUUCCAUUCACUCUAUCGAGAUGGUACAGGGCGUUGUAUAAAUUUAAAGCUCCCCGACGACCAAGUACAGACGACACAUCUUGUGGAAAAGGGCCAAGAUGAGGGAAUGAUGUACAUGCAGCAAUUAGGGAACUUCGAGGGUGAAGAAACAGGCAGCUUUUCAGCGGUCAUUCAGUCCAUAAUCAGUAUCGCCUUUUCUAGCCCCGUUACAUCUGACACAGGGAAGCCCAAAGUCGCAGCGUCUUUGGAUAAGAGCAGGAAGAAAAAAGGCCCAUCCUUCCUCCCGCGACGAUCGAUUUGCGAUUCAUUACCUCAACGCAUUGGAGAUAUGCCGACUCGCGCCUGGUCUCAGCUCAUGUUUGUUCAUGCCGACAACAACUUGGAAGAAUCUGCUCUAUUAGACUUGGAAGAAAUGCUGCAUCCGUGGAGAGGCGAAGUAGUGAAACGACAUGCUCGGGCUGCUAUGCGAGGGCGCGGCACGCCGCCGUUGCCCGUUGGGGGAUCGGCACUGAGCGGUUCCACAGCCCAAGAGGCACUAGAGGACCUGUAUCUUGUCGUUCUGAUUGAUCGUAGCAAACAGACCACUUCAACAGACAUGGGGACAGUUCAUGCAUGCCCUGAGCUGGAAUACUCCAGUUUAGGCCAAGGUGUCAAGCAGCUACCAGGUACAAGUGAAGUCGAGCUCAAUGCCCAAAUGGCAUUUGAGCUGCUGCGAAUCCAUUUGCAAGACGGCAGGCGAGAAUGGCUGCUCCUUCGCAGUCUUGGAGAGGUUGAUAUGAAUGACCCUGGAGUUUUAAGAACUGCUGUGACGCGACUCCUCGACAUAUUUCCGUCGAGGCACUACGCAGUCAUCCUGUGGAAUCACGGGUCGGCUUGGGCUGGGUUUGGUGAUGACGAGAGCAACCCCAACAAUCAGCCGAUGAGCAUUCAUGAUAUCGCGCUGGGACUCAAAAAGUCCAUGGAUCCAACUUCUCUCACCCGGAAGCCACCUCCUCCUUACAGAACGGCUACAGCAUUCGAGUAUGGCGCACGCUUUGUUACCAGCUAUGGCCUUCACCCUCCGUCCUCCAAUGCCUUGACGCUUGCUCUUAUCGAAGUGAGAGCAUUCAAUGAAUUCAAACAGAAGUUUGAAGAACUACUGGAGGGUCUUUAUUCCUGCGGAGGUAGCAAUAUAACCCGACGAGUGCGGCGCGCGCUUUCUCAAACUUUCAACGUUAGAGGCUGCCGAAUGCUGGGCUUAUGCAGCUGUUAUGACUUGAACGACUUUCUGGCAAAUCUCUUGCAGCAGUUUGCAAGCGAGGAAAAUGACUUAGGUAGAAUUAGCAUGCAGUCACUUGGUCACGAUGACGAGUUUUCGUGGGAUGACAGUAACAGUGAAAUGCGGGACAUAACGUACAGACGACUGCAGCAUACAAGUGGGCAACUGUACGCCAUAAAUGCCUUGGGUGCUGCCCAAAGAGCUUUGACGGAUAAAGUCGUCGCGGCUCGGGUGUUCUUUAAGAAGAUGGUCGUCGCCGAAGUUGGUAGCAGGGAACCAGGCAGAUACGGGGGCCUGAGCAUUUACUUUCCUGAUCCCAACAUGGCAGUUAAUUGCAAAACUCACCGAAGCGCAGCCAGCUGGGCCCGGCGUUACACCAGCACCAUUCGUACAAAGUUUUCCUCCUUCGUUUCAUCCGUGUUAUCCAAUCGAAAGGGUAGCGUGUGCUACGCUCCAUGGGGAGGCACAGGAGAUGCGGCACAAGACGCUACGGGCAUCAUGCCACAGCAAGGCGCAGAAGCACCGCAAUGGUUCGGCAUUCUGUGCAGUAGAGUCCUCAAAUCGUACCUAGACAAGCAUUUAGGGCCAGCUGUGGGGAUCUCUGCUGUGCUUCCAGCGACGGUGGCUUCGGCUAUGAUGUUUAGAGGUUUCGCUUCUAGUGUCGCGAAUAACGGGAAACCUGAACUAAUUAUCACAAGCACAGCCCAAGCGACUAUGACGGAUGCCGAAGUGAAAAGCUCAGCAGUUCCCCUUACUUCCACUGGGAUGCCCGAAGAAACCCAAAGGUUGCAUGCGCGAUCUAAAGCUAGUCUUCCGGGAGGCAAGGCGCCCGACGCUAGAGCUGAGCCAUCAGACGCUGCCGCUGCUCUCCGCGAAUUUACAGUGGUGCAGGGGUGGUGGGACACUCAAGUUUGGAUCCUGAGGCAGCAACUGCAUCUGGACGAUUCUCUGAAGGACCCAAGACCCCGGAGACAAACGCAGAGCGGCUCAGCCAAAGACAAGGACGUAGAAGCAAUUGUUGUCGCAAUUCAAGAUGGACCUGCGUCAUCCAGAUUCGGAGCGGGAAGGGCAAGUCUUUCAUGCUGCCUGCUGACCGUUCUUCAGGGUACCACUUUCAGCUUUCCAUUCCUCUUUUUUAAAGACGCACUAGCUGCUGAGUGCUUGGAAGAUUCUCUCCUGCAUACGGAGGCUCUGAGUGCGCCGAAGAGCUCUCAAAACUCCUUCGGAUCAAGGCCAACGGCAGGGCAAGCAACAGCGCGCAUGCUUCCAGCUGAUCUUGCAGGCUUCAAAAAGCGCAGCCUGCAGGAACUUAGCAGCUCUCCUGUUGAGGAUAUGAAUACGCAGGAAGCUCCCGUGAAACGCCACAUUUUGUCUUCUGUGGUUCUUCCACUAGCUGCGCCAUCACACAAUUUUCAAAUAGUUCAUGAAAUUACAGCUAACUCGCAGGAGCAAGCAUCAAGCAGCUCUCUGCAAGGCUCUUCAUCGAAUUUGCGCAGCAGCCAAAAGCCCAAAUUCGAUGCCGAGUUGCAGGAGAAAGAUGAUGAUGCCUCUAAAGUUCCUCAGCCGCGCCAACUUUCUAGCGUGCGAGCUGGGGCACCGUCUUGGUUGCUUCACGACGGCCUAGGAAGGGAACCACAGAGGCAUGUCGACAAAAAGCGGCAGUGUGGGGCAAGGGCUUACCUGUUGGCAGAGUGGGAUGAGAAUCGGAGGGCUUCCAGUGAACUGGUUCUCUACGUGGUAGAGGACGAACAAGCAACGGAGUGGCCUCGCUCAAAGGGAGGGCUGCUGCGUCCCAUUGAGCACCGCCUCCGGAGGACAACAGUUUCCCAGAAAGAUUUUGAACAGACUCCUUCGUCUAUCCCAAAUGCAAGAGGUGGGAGCCCCACAAACAAACGCGCUGCACAGCCUGGGAUAAGUACGAAUGCUGCAUAUCAAUCACGCAGUAGCGCAACAGGGCACCAGGCGGGUUUUUCGUCGGGCCAUGGAGAUGCUAGAUUUUCGGAAAGCUCGUCGUUUACCAGGGCAGCUAGCAGUCAGCAUCAAGCCUUCUGGGGCCAACAAGCUAACCAAGGGUCCAAAGAAAACAUUGAGGCUGUUGUGCUUGAGGAAUCCCUUGGGGAAGCCACCUUCUUCUGGAACGUAGAGUCCGAAGUGGACAAACUUGUUCUCCAGCCACGUAGCAUUUCUUCAUUGCUUCGCGAGCGGCGCUCCAAAAUGAACGUUGAAGGAAGUGAAGUGCUGCAAAACACGGAAAGACCUGUUGUGGGUUUCAUCGCACAAGAUCUCUUUGACCAAAGGGCUGUGGCAGCAAGUGCAGUGCCGUUGCCCGAACGGCAAAGUCCUUCCUUUCCUCAGAGCCUCUGGGAAUCCAUAGAGCAAACGUUCGGCUUCGGAGACUAUGCUCAAGAAGCAUUACAAGCCUCAAGUGCUCUGCCGUCUUCUUCCACGUGCCACCCUUACUGGCUAGGAGACGGCAUCUGUGACGAGAUAUGCGACACAGCAGCGUAUGGGUUUGAUGGGGGAGACUGCGCACACCUGAAUGCUGCUGCGGAAGACCUUCUAGAGCAGCAGGAAGAAACGCCACUAGUGGCAACUAUUUGGGAGGGGCCGAGAGGACGUUACGUCUGCAGGUGCCCAAAGGGCUACACUGGAGACGGGACCACUUGCGAAGAUAUCGACGAGUGUAAGGUCUUCGAGGAAGCAAUCUGCCACGCCAAGGCCAUAUGCAUCAACACCAAGGGCAGUUACAGGCCCAGCAAUCAGAGCCACAGCGGGAGCUGCAUUGAUAUCGACGAAUGCUCUUCCGGACUCGCAAGCUGCGCCUCUCCCUCCAUCGCAACAUGUGUUAACACAAGGGGGGGAUAUUUCUGCAGUUGCGUUGAUGGGUAUGAAGGUGAUGGGCGCCAGUGCGUCGCCAGCCCCUCCACAGCUGAGGCAGAAAUUUCUAUUGCUAUGGACUACCACAAAACAGUUGCUGCUGCAGGAGGUAUCCAACUGCUUAAAGAAGCACUGAUUGACGCAAUCUUGCAGGCAAUCCCAGGGCUGGGCGACAGGAAACGCAUUGAAGUCAUGAGUAUUUACGAAGGAAGCAUCAAUGCUGUUCUUCGGAUUCACCCUCCAGUAGGGGAUGGGCCAGCCUACUCUGAAGGAUCAGAUAGUCCACGGCAGCUUACAGCGGCUGAAGCUCUGCUAGCUCUCCAGGAGCAGCUCGAGGAGCCACUUUCAGUCCUCAGAACGGGACCUUUUGGGGAAUACGCUGCAUACGCUACAAUAGAUCCGGGAGAGGGUCAGCAACUCUUGCAGCGCGGCAACGGGUCAGGCCCCGACGUGGUUCCUAAUCUUCUCUUAAUGUGUUUUAAAGCCGCUUCUUUAGGAGCUUCUGCAGCUGCCGCUAGUAGAGAGUAA